AUGAUCGUUCGAAGGGCCGUGACAGCAGGAGGGGCCGCGACGGCAGCAGGGGCCGCGACGGCAGCAGGGGCCGCAACGGCAGCAGGAGCCGCGACGGCAGCAGGGGGCGCGACGGCAGCAGGGGCCGCGACGGCAGCAGGGGCCGCGACAGUAGUAGGGGGCCGUGACGGCAGCAGGGGCCGCGUCGGCAGUGGGGGCCGCGACGGCAGCAAGGGCCGCGACGGCAGCAGAGGCCGCGUCGGCAGCAGGGGGGCCGCGACGGCAGCAGUGGCCGCGACGGCAGCAAGGGCCGCAACGGCAGCAGAGGCCGCGUCGGCAGCAGGGGGGCGCGACGGCAGCAGGGGGCCGCGACAGCAGCAGGGGCCGCGACAGCAGUAG